AUGGCUGAGCAGUGCACUUCAGAGAAUGUCUCCGAUCCAAGAGCGGAAGGUAAAGUAGAAAUCGAAAACGUUCAUGUAAGCGAGAAACAAAAAAUAAGGGAAUCUACUGUUAAUGAAAAUAUACCAGAAAUCGAUAUAGAUGACAUUGAAGCUGAUCAAGCACAUUCAACUGACUGCGAUGACUACGAUGACUUUAUUGGAGAAAUUAUUAUUUCAGUAAGGAGUGAGCUCGCUGAGGCUGAGAAAGAGCCAGAGAGGUGUUGCAAUGAUAGAAAAUUCUCCACACGUAGCCGAGACAGCUCGACCUGCAAAGAAGGACGGCGCAGCGAAAUGAAAGAUCAAAGCUCUCAGGCCAGUUCUUUGCCAGAAGAAGCUGUAAGUGACGAAGUCAAAAUACUGAAGGAUAAGCUAGCUAUUAAUAAGAAAGACACUGAAACUUUGCGGAAAUUACUGGAAGACGUACGAACAGACUAUGAAGAAUUACAGAAAAGUUUCGAUAAACGCACUAGUGAGACAAAAAGUGAGGAAGGCGAAGUGCCGAUGAAAGAGAGCAAUGAAAUGAGAAAGUGGAAAGCUGAGAAAAAACGAUCGAAAAAGGUUUAUAAGGUUUCAUCUUCAGAUGAGAUAACGGAGUGGAGAUUUUCAGAUAGUAAGACAACGGGUUUUACUAAAGAAUCUUCAAGUGCUCUUCAAGUAAUUGACAGUGGCGAAAUAGCAUGCCCCUGUCUUGAGAAAAGUAUUCGUAAAAUCGUAAAGGAUAUCAGAGAAGAAUUCAAAGACACCAUUCUGGACUUCAAACGAUGCUUUGAGGAACAGUGCACAAGCAUCGGUGAAGAAUUAGCCACGUUAAAACAUGAAUACUUGAGCGCUGUGGAAAGAAGGGAUUCUGAAAUUAUCGGCUUUGAAAAAAUCAUCAAAGGCUUGCAGUCACGAUUCCUGGAAGAAGACAAAGAGUUGAUAACGUUCAGAUCAGUUACUGCAUCUGUUUUGGAAGAGAAGCAGAAAUUAUACGACGAUAUUCGUUUGCUGAAAGAUGAACUCUUGCGAAAAAAAUUUGAAAAGGAAGCUAGCCAAGCAGAGUUAGGGAAAAUGAAACAAGGUUUAAAGAAAUAUUGCACCGCUGAAGAAUAUGAAGAUUUGCAGAAGUUAAAUUUUCAAUUUGAUGGAGACUGUGGAAGUAGAGGAAUCGAUGGCUGCGGUCAAUCUUCUGAGAAUAUGAAGGAGUAUGAUAAUGUCGGUGAACUUCAAAACAAAAUGGAACAGUUCCACCCAGUUUUGAAAAAAGCUAAGCAGGAAAUUGCAAGGCUAAAAGAAGAAAGAACGGAGGCUCAGAAUCGUUUGGAAGAAAAGAUUUCCGAAACGGUAAAAUUAGAGAGUUAUUUUAACAAACAGUUGAGCGAAUCUGUUAUGGAACUGAAGCGAAAGGAAAGAACAAUUACCGAACUGAAAGAACAGUUGUCCAGUGCAGAGCUGAAAAAUUAUCAACUAAACAGUAAAAUAAAUCAGCUGGAGAAAGAGAAGGAAGAUUUGAAUAAAAAGUAUAUGCAAGAGUUGGAAGAAGUUAAAGGUGAGUUGAGGCCAUUCAGCAAGAACCGUCAACUAAACAAAAAGAGGGGCGAACAAUUACAAAAUGGGAAUGACUUGCCUAACGAUGAUUACAUUGGACCGAAAAAUCAACUUGAAGACAAAGAAGCGAAAAUGCUUGCAAGAACGACAGAGACUGAAGAAUAUUUAUUUGACGAAGACUACCAGAAACGAUUUCUUCAGGUAAGAAAAAACUGUAAAUCUGAGUCCAGGGCUGUAGGACUGUUUGCUUUAAAAGCAAUGCCCAAAGUUUGAAAAUCACAGGAAUGAAAUGAAAGGGAGAAAAUGGAGGGAAGGAUAGGAACUAAAGAGGAAUAGUAUUUUAGACCCAACUGGCGGGCUACCUUACCAGGCUCAGGAAAAAUAAGAAGGCGAAGCGUGCAUUCCGCAGCGGUUUCCUUGGCAACUGCCUUCACUCGCUGUUCUACUCGAUAGUUUUCAUUGACUGAAGGCCUUAAAAAGGUUGGUUUAGGUAGCGUCAGAGAUUUUUAAUGAUGCAAGCUGUUUGAACGCAAAAAAUUCUUUGUUAGUACAUCACAAACGAGCUAGCGAAAUACAAACAAAAAACAAACGUACAAUAAUGUAGAAAAUCUCUUUCGUUUUUAAAUUUUAAGUUACGAUUUUUCUCUUUCUCUCCCCCUUUGUAUUCUUUUUGUAUUCACGCGCGGCGUGCGUGAUUUCCCAAAUUAGCUGAGCACGUCCGAUAACUUUAACCUUGACAUUGGAAAACUGUCAUGGACAUUUUUCGCGUAGUUUUAGUUUGUUUUCACGGAGUUUUACUCAGUUGUUUUUUAGCUUUCGUUCGCGUAAUUUGUUACGCCUUUGUUUGGAAUUUUAAGAGGUUUCGGAGACUUUAUUUCAGCCCGAUGUUGUGGUUUAUUUAAAAAGUUUAAUACAUAUUUUCUACGGAGUUUGGACUCUAGCCUCUUUUUUCGUAAAUGGAGUUUUUACAAAUAACUACAACGACCAAAAACUUGGUUAAAUCUCCCACGUGAUACCGUUUGCUUCCGGACCUUUCUCUCGUCAGGAGAAGUCCUUGCUUAAGAAAGAUCUUGAGGCUGAAAAGAGAAAAAAUGAAUUGUGCCUGUUGGAAAUAGAAAAACUUCAGAGAGAACUCGAUCAGUGGAAGGAAAUCGUCCGAGAUGAUAUGGAUGCGGGCGUAGGAUUCCUUCGGAUCGAAAAUGAAGAUUUGAAAGAUGAGUUACAAGAGAAUCAGUAAGUUUGACAGAAUUAUUUCUGUAUCAUGUUUUUUUUUAAGAUGUAGCUUAGAAAAUGUUUUGGGAUUUGCAAGAUCCACAUCGCCUUCGGCAAAUAAUGACGGAGCACGACGGGGAAAGAAUGGUCGUAUGAUAAUCAGUGGAAAUUUGCCGCCGGCGUGGCUUAAAGUACUCCCGCUGGUUUAGACCAGAAACAUACCCCUUUGAUUAGACUUGAUGGCAUCACUUAUUUGUUCGUCACUGUCGAGCCAAAGGGAACUUAAGCGAUCAGGACGGCAACGCCGAGGAAGACGUCAAUAAAAAAAUGAGUUUACGUUUUUGGCUAGAAUUUCGCGAAUGUCCAAAUAUGUUUAGCGUCUUUUAUGGCGCCACACCUCAACUUUAGCAUAACAUAUGUGAGCAGCAUUGAGUUCCAAAUGGAAUCUUCAAUGAUUUGUUGUCGGGGUUUUCCGUUCUCAAACCAUGUAAAUUUUGUAUUGUUAUGUAAAACACUCGUGCCGACCCACUUUUUUUCCCCAUUAGAAAGCACUUCAAAUUUCCUAGCGAUAGAAGUAACUUCGCGAGCAAGACUGUCAAAAACGACUUCUGACAUUUUUGUUUAAGCUUUACGUACAUAAUCCAGUCAACAGAAAUAUUGCAAUAUGUCUUGGUUUACGUUGGAUUUUAACUCUGUAAUUUCUCUUGCACAUCCAGGAUUUUCAUUAAAGAGUUGAUGUCAAAGAAAAAGCGACAUACCCAAAUAAUUAAGAAGUUGCGGGCAGAAAAUGCCAUGUUGAAGGUUUGUUUUAUCUAUUCAUAAAAAAUAUUACAUCGUGUUCCUCGUUAUGGGAAUGUUCCAUUCUACCCACCACCCCUCCCUAAUUUCCUUUCGGGAUAGCUUUUGGGUAAAAAGGCUCGGAUUUUUCUCGUGAGAAACCGACAAAAAUUGGACCAAGAAGAAGCAAUUUUGAAAAGAUGUUUAACGAUAAAGAAUGAAGAUCAAGUAUUUUUAAAAAGGUUAUAAUACAUUUAAAUUAAACCCCUUAGCUCAAUUAAGAUUACGGCCUUUCCCCCAACUCUCUCGAUUUCAUUUUCUGAAGAAGCCGACUGAACAUUGAGGAACGUUUCCCUCUUUGUAGGAUGGGGGAGGGGGGGGGAGGGGAGGGAGGGGCGACGGUGGGACUGGAAAGUGGAACGUUUCAUGUUCGCUAUACAGUUUAAAAUACUAUUAUAGGUCAAAGAAAGAAAAAAUAUACCAAAGAACGUUUUCUAAAUAAUUCAGUUUCAUCAUUUUAACGUUUUAACCUUUUACUUUUGUCAGAUAGAAAAUUGCACAUAACACAUUUCUUUGUAGAUGGGAAUUCAAGAUUAAAACCGAGAAUUUGUUCUUUUUCACUCAUUAGAAUUCUAAGAACACAACAGAAGAUGAAUAUGACGAUUUAAUUUCAUUUGAAUCUGACGACGGAACGUUUGAUGAGGGGUUUGGUUUCGAACAAACUACAACUCAAGAACAGAGAGUAAGACUGGACAAGAAUGGGAAAAUUGAAAUGGUAUAACAAUCUGAUUGACAUAUUCAUUUGUGUAGUACAAGAGCAGGCACCUGACAGUCUAAGAUUUGGAUUUUUCCAAAAUGACACAUCGUAGAUGAGGAAAAUUCUUAUGGUUAACUUUUUUACGACUAACGGUUAAAUUUUGGCAAUUUUUACGCCUAUAAGCUGAUCUUUUGCUGUAAACCCAAUUAAGACUCCUUUAUGAAGACCAAGUUAUGCUAUACAAAAUGUACCUCUAAGAAUCAGGGAAAAAAUAUAAGCCAAGUGAAUCUCAAUUUUUAGGUUACUGACAAUGAAUCAAUACAUUUUCCUGUCAUUUUAAAGUUAACUUUGCCUUCCAAGCAAUAAAUCUUUUAAAAUUGGCAAACUUUCUGAGAUUCCUGAAUUCUCUAAGUUAAACUUCCGCAAGAAUUCAAUGUGUACUAAUUUCAUCAUGCUCUUUACAUUUACGAUGUAUUUAUUUGUUGGGCGUCCUCUUAAACCUGGAUGCUUAGAAGACAAAGAAUUAUUUGAUUUGAUCAAACAGGGAGCUCCACUUAAAAAUGAGAGCAAAAAUCUUUACACUGAUUCCAGUUUUGACUUCUUGGAGUACGACACAAGCAUUAGCGAAAAG